GUGUUUCCUCAUUUUCUGAACAUUGUUGUAUGCAUUACAAAACUUAUGCUGAGCUUAACAAUCAGAUAAUGGGGUGAUUGACUGGAGUUUUGAACAUCUGAAAUGAAAACUGCAAUGUGUGAGCAUGUAACUGUUUGUUAUGAGAUGACUGGGAUAGCAGUGGCCACGUUUUCCUGUAAGGUCGUGUUUAUCAUCCCUUGGGCUCAAAGAAAUACUAGUAGGGUGACUUGGAUGGCAUAUUAAUUACAGUUGCUAUAUUCAGAUGGCUUGAUCUAGAUUUGAAUUGAAUGACAACUCUGGCUGAAGUUCUUCCAUCAGCUUACUUGGAUUGAAGUAGUGUGCUGAGAUCCACUCCCUCCCUCACUGUGAGAUCAGCCAGGCAGUGGAGGAGGCUCGUGGGGCAGCUGGGCUGGCUUUGUGUGUGGGGGUCUUCAAGAUGUGGCUGGAGAAAACCCUGAGUGCUCUGCUCUGAGCUUGGAGCUGACCCUGCUUUUAGCAGGAGUUGGAGUAGAGACCUCUGACGGCCACUUCCCAACAUGAAUUAUCUUGUGGUCCUGGAUCAGGACCUGGUUAUGCUGAGCAUUAUGCAGAGGGGUGUUAGUCUGUCCCUAAUCUCCUGUCCCGAGGUUGUCCUGGCAGCUAAAGAUCUUCCAGUAAUACCGACAGAAGUAAUUUCAGUUGAUGUUAGGCUGUUUUCUUUAUCUCAGUCAGAUCUGCCUUUUUCUGUUGCAAGCCUUUUCCUGUCAAUUUUGCUAAUCACUGUUUUAGAUUCAUAGUUCUGAUAAAGGUCCACACAAAUUCCCACUAAUGGUGAAAUAAUACAUCCUGUAAGUAGAUCUGGAAGUGUGCACAGAGAAAAGAAGAGAAGCAAAGGUAUUACCUUGAGGAUGCAUUAGUCUAAUGUGACCAAAACUUUCUGUAGAUGCAGCAGAGAUUUGAAAGAGAUUCAAGCAGGAAUUGUCUUUUGAAGGCAAGCUGGGCUAAUGAAAGCAGGGUGAUUUCUUAUUGUUGCUGGGUCUUGGCAAUAAAGAUUCAGAUGGAGUAGCCUGCAGGAGAGGUGAGCAGAAACCAGUUAGUUAUCACAUCAUGGCAGAAGUUUGAAGAAUAUUGCAACCCUGGAGGAAGGAAAUAAUUUUGAAGAAAUGUUGCACAGCAGAUGAUAAAAAGAGAGGGAAAGAAAGAUCAAGAUAUUUAAAAUACCUUGUACUGGAGCUGUGUAAAGAUUUUUGAGAUCCUGAACUAAAUUCUAGUAGGAAUCAGGGAACCGAAACUGAGAACAAGACUACCAGAAAACCCUAACUUAAUUUUGGAGGCAGCUUUUGGGAUUUUCCGGACUACAAUUUUAAUUGUUUCAAAGUGCAGAAGGAAGAGAGAGGCAUGAUUCUCUUAAUGAUGUGUGAUGUCAGUUUUGGUGAUCGUGACAUGCAGGAUUGUGAUUAUUACAGAAAGCUGAGUAAGCAAACUGCAGACCCUUUGGGAGAUUGAAAAGCAAAGUUAAAUCUCCCAACAAAGAGUCUGCAACAUGUGGACAAAGUGAAUUUAUGUGAAGGUUGGCACAUGGAAGGUUAAUGCCCAAAAUACUGCCCUUCCUUUGCGUAGAACUGCCGUGUAAGAAGUGAAGCUGGUUUACAAAAGCCCAGCCAAAAGGACCCAGAGUUCUUUAUAAAAGUGUGUCUAAUAUUCUGUACAGUGAAGAGGAGCUGGAAUAGUCUUUUUCUCUUGAGCAGCUCCUAAGGUUCUGUCCAGCUGUUGUUGGAAUGCGAGCAGCGCUCGUGUUAUUUGUGUAUCUGUGGCCAAGUGUAACACCAGACGUUGCUUGAAGGUUUCUAAGUGAAACUCAGCCCUGUGGCCACAAGUAAAGUGCAGAUUAGUGAGAGGUUAAAUGCUCAUAUUUCUGAGUAGGUGUAAAAAUAGUACAACAUUGCUUCUGCUGCCCUCCCUCCUUCCCUCCCUCUUCAGGCUAAUGGGUGUGCAUAAAAAGUGAGCUCUGUGCUCUCAGUGGCAACAGUGACUGUGACCCUUUGAAGACACCAAGGUGUCACACAGUGGGUGUGGGGUCAGUGUGAAGUCAGCUGGGCUCUGCCUCCCCAGGGGCUGUGUGUGUAGCUUGUCAGUAAGUAGGAGGGAAGUACAGGCUCUUCUGGCUUCCCUUUUUCUCCUGGCAUUUAAGUUACCUAUUAAACUGUGGCUGCCCCAUCUCCAAAGCCUCAUGAAGAAGUCUUGUUGGCUGCCACAUCAGAACACUGAGAGAAGAGCACCUAAGGAUUCCCAGAGAGUGAGGCAGGGCAGGACCAGGGAAUGAGGGAAACAGGACUCAGAAGGCACAUAGGAGUAACUGGUGUCUCAGGGAGGAUGAGGAUGCAGAGCUGGUCCCGCAGUCUGGCUAUAAGUUUGUCGGUGGUCUUGACAAACUAACUUGAAGGGUAAAGAUGGAUGGUGAUAGCUCCACAACAGAUGCUUCUCAGUUAGGAAUUGCUGGAGAUUACAUUGGUGGCAGUCACUAUGUGAUACAGCCUCACGAUGACACAGAAGACAGCAUGAAUGAUCAUGAAGAUACAAAUGGCUCAAAAGAGAGUUUUAGAGAACAAGAUAUAUACCUUCCAAUUGCAAAUGUGGCAAGGAUAAUGAAAAAUGCCAUACCCCAAACAGGAAAGAUUGCUAAGGACGCAAAGGAAUGUGUACAAGAGUGUGUAAGUGAAUUCAUCAGCUUUAUAACAUCAGAAGCAAGUGAGAGGUGUCACCAAGAGAAAAGAAAGACCAUCAAUGGAGAGGAUAUUCUCUUUGCCAUGUCUACCUUGGGGUUUGAUAGCUAUGUUGAACCUUUGAAGUUAUACCUCCAGAAGUUCAGAGAGGCAAUGAAAGGAGAAAAGGGAAUUGGGGGAACAGUUACAACUGGAGACGGUCUAAGUGAGGAGCUCACAGAAGAAGCAUUUACUAACCAGUUACCAGCAGGCUUAAUAACCACAGAUGGCCAACAGCAGAAUGUUAUGGUCUACACAACAUCAUAUCAACAGAUCUCUGGGGUUCAACAAAUUCAAUUCUCAUGAUUUUGAAGAAAACUUUCCAUCUGGGAACACAAGACUGAAAACGUGCAACUCUAACGAAGAGGCAGUUUUAAUGACUGGUGAAGAGAUUUAUCUCUUUGUAUAUUAAAUAGCUGUAAUGUAGCUACCAGAAGCUUGACUAAUUGAGGUGUGAGUUCUGACUCAAAUCUUUUUCAUGAUGAUUUUAAAGAAAUAAUUGGAUUUUAAAGGUAUUAAAGUAUUUUUGUUUUGUACAAGAGUUUGUUGCUCUGUAUAACUCCUGUAUGCAUUGUAUAUUGCAAUUUAUUACUGUCAGAGAUUUGUAGACAGUUUCUUAUUUUCAUAUUGAAUCAUGUUACUUUUGUAAUUCAGGUAAACAGCUGGGUUAAUUCAUGUUUACCCUUUGAAUAAAAUUGUAAGGGUAAAGUUCAUUUUUGAAUGCAAGUUGCCUUUAUUAUAAAGAUUGAGUUAGUCUUGGUUAUGUAAUUUGUCUUGCAUGACAACCUCAACUAACUUUACAUGUCAGCUUAUUUAUUGAAAUUUUGAAAGGGACUUUUUCCUCAUGAAACUAGCAGCUCAAAAGAAUUGCUACAAUUGUUUUUUCUAAUGUAACUUCUGAAUUAAAGGUUAAUCAAAACCAAUGAAUUCUCUACUACGUUUAGAGCUUUAGGGCUUACCAACAGUAUUAAUGAAAGCACUGACUGUGCGAUGCAGGUUUUUCUUUCUUUAAAUUUUUUUUUCAGUUGCAUUAACUCUAUUUAGACUUACUUUGAUACUUUUAAGGUAGUCUUUCUGCUGUUGAAAUAACUCUUCCUUUUUAUGUAUGGCUUUUAGAAUCCCAAACUUAGAAAUCCAAGGGUAGGGGGGAUUUUAUAGUCCUUGUGGUAAAAGAUCUCAUUUUAACUUUUUACUGAAAUGUUUUAACGUUUCUUGUGAGCCUUUGGGAACUCAAAAGUGGUAGUGACUUUCUGUGUCCAGGCUGUGUGGUGUGUGUGUGUGUGUGAGGGUGUGUGCAUGAGUGGCUGACAGCUGAACAAGUGAUACAAAUCUGAAAUGGAAGAUGGACUUCAGGAUUGCUGUCUCUUGCCUGGUUUUGCAAUAGACUCUACCUAGGUAAUGUAGUUCUGUAUAUUUAGUGAGCUGUUCUUGGUAACAUUGCUGUUUCUUUAAUGAUUGGGUGGGUAAUUUUGUUGCCUUGUCUUAGCCUAUUAGCGUAGGGAUGGGGGUUUUAGUAAUAUCUUACUCAGACUGAAUUUUGGGACCUUUGUACUGUUUGCAGUGGACUGAAAUGUAAUAUAUUAAUUAUCUUUCCACAUGCCUGUUAUUAAUUUAAGCAAACCACAUCUUGAGACUGUUGCCAUAUGAUUUCUUGCUGGUUUUGUCCUUUCUUAAAAAAAAA